AUUCCCGCCAACCGCACUUAUAAAAGACAACACAUUCUCUCUACUCUUUUGCGUUCCGUUAACGACCUCUGCGAUCGCAACACACAGCGCAAAACCCUAAACCGUCGAGCGAUGGCGCGUACUCCUAAACCUAAAGGCGGCCCCUCCGCUGCGGCCUCCGCCGCCACUGCCUUCUUCAAACCCGGUACUGCCGUCGAAGUCAGUUCCGAGGACGACGGUUUCCGGGGAUCCUGGUUCACCGGCACCGUCAUCCGCCGCCUCGCCUCCGAGAGGUUCCUAGUCGAAUACGACAACCUCUUGGCGGACGACAAAACCACGAAGAAGUUGAGAGAAGUCCUCGGUCUCCGCCACCUCCGCCCUCUUCCCCCGACGGAGACUGACCGCGAAUUCAAAUUCGGCGACGAGGUUGAUGCGUUCCACAACGACGGUUGGUGGGAGGGCCACAUAACCCAGGAAUUGGAGAACGAAAGAUUUGCGGUGUAUUUCAGAGUGUCCAAGGAGCAAUUGGUCUUUUCCAAGGAACAACUCAGGCUCCACCGGGAGUGGUUAAAUCACGAUUGGGUCCCACCACUGCAGCAGAAACAACAAAGGCAACAGGGCAAUGGUGAAUCGAAGAAAGUGUUGUUGACACCGAAUGUGAAAUCUGUUGAAACUGUAAAGGGGAAGGGGAUAGGUGUGGGGGCGAUAGUUGAGGUUAGCAGUGAUGAAGAUGGGUUCAGUGGAGCUUGGUUUGCUGCCACUGUUGUUGAGGCACUGGGGAAGGAUAAGUUCCUUGUUGAGUACCAUGAUCUGUUGGCUGAUGAUGAUUCCCAGCUUAGAGAGGAGAUUGAUGCUCUGCACAUUAGGCCUCAUCCGCUGGACACGGAUGUUGAUGGUCAAUUCAGUAUUCUUGAUGAAGUUGAUGCUUUCUACAAUGAUGGUUGGUGGGUUGGUGUGAUUUCCAAGGCUCUUGCAGAUUCAAGGUAUGUAGUUUACUUCAGGUCUUCUAAUGAAGAACUGGAGUUUGAGAACUCCCAGUUGAGGCUGCACCAGGACUGGAUUGGUGGCAAAUGGGUCAUGCCUUGUAAGGCAUUGAAGUUGUGAACUCUGAAGAUAGCAAGAGGCAGAAGAAAAAACCCGAUUCAGUUCAGUCACUCAUUAGAACUUACUAUUAGUUUGUAUCAAUCAAAACUUGAAAUCAUCUUGCCAGAUAUGCUAAUGAGUAAUGACCAUUUUAGAAUCCAGUACAUACUCUGGAAUUGCAAUUUGUACUUACUGGGGGAGCACUUUUCCUUUUCUGGCAUGCCGGUUUGCUAUGUGGCAGCACACUAUUCUAAUUUUUCAUAAUGUUAUCUUGUGCCUUUAAAAACAUUAGAUAAGCAAUCAAAAAGGUUUUCAUUAAAAAAA